AUCUGAUGUCACCUUCUAGGUUGAGUCAUGCCUAGGCCCCUCUCAACUCCUGACCCCCAGCUUCUAGAGAUGACCUCCCACUGAUCACUGACCAUGGUAGCGUCCAACCCCCUGGUGAGCCCCGCGGGCUCUACAGGCCUGUCUGUACUCUUCUCUACUCUCUGCAUCAUCGAUCUCUUCGGCGUCUUCCCAGUGGUGGCUCUGCCUAGAGCUAUCAUAGGAUGUGGAUGGCUGGGUAUACCCUUGGCCCUGUGUAUCUUCGGUGUGCAAGUAUACACAGCGAUGCUGCUGGGUCGGUGUUGGCUGAUGGCAGAACAAAUAAACCCGGAAAUUGCUCACAAAAGUAGAUAUCCAUACGCAGCCAUUGCAGAGAUGACGUUCGGCGAAGGUGUCAGUAGAAUGGUGACUUUUCUGUUAGAUCUUGCAGUGUUUGGUGGAGGAAUUCCCAAUCUGUUGGUCGCCUCCCAGAACCUACAGAUGCUGGGCCUAAAGGCGUCUAAUUGGAACUUCGACUUCUCCUUCUGCUAUUGGAUGUUGCUGUUGGGGCUGGCACUGUGUCCUGUCAUGUGGCUGGGUAGUCCCAAGGACAUGAAAUGGGUUGCUGGUACCAGUGUAGGUACGGUGCUGAGUGUAUCAGUGCUGACAUGGACAUGUCUACUGACUGCUGAGCCAGCCUCACCUGCCGUGGUGCCUAGGCCGUCCUGGGAGGGUGUGUUCCUGGCCUAUGGGAUACUGGCGUUCCAGUUCGACAUCCACCCUGUUAUCUUGACAGUACAAGUAGACAUGGCUGACAAGAGGAAACUUGGACAUGCAAUCCUUGGAGCUUUUUCAGUCACUGGCACGCUGUUCCUGGUGACUUGUCUGAUCGCCUUCGUCAGGUUUGGAGAUCAGCUCCGCUACAACCUACUGCAAUGUCUGCCUCCCAGUGGUCCUCUACUUGCUGAUGAUUUGUUUGCAUGUUACAGUCACUGGCACGCUGUUCUGGUGACUUGUCUUAUCGCCUUCGUCAGGUUUGGUGAUCAGCUCCGCUACAACUUACUGCAAGGUCUGCCUCCCAGUGGUCCUCUCCUUGCUGACGAACUGCUGGUAACUCUGCAGAUCUGCCUCAGCAUGGUAGUCAGCGGACUGCCUUAUUCCAGGAUAUAG